UUCUCUACUCUCUUCUUCCUUCCUUGCCCUCCUCGUGCCCGGCGCAUCUUUUUGGCCAUCGCUUCCAUCCAUCACCCGAAAACCCACUCUUUCUUUUGCUUGCCUUAACCCGAAGCACAAAGAAUCCAACCCUACCUGACAACUCUCUCUCUCUUUCUCUCUAGUGUUCUCCAAUAUUCUGACGGUAAAGGUCUUUUAGGGGUUCUCAACAAAUCUGAGUGGUGGUCGGGAAGGGAUGAGUCGCUGAUUGCUUGUUGCUUGGUUCGGUCGGCGUUGAUGCUGCUCCUCUAAAGGGUCGAUACAUAGAGGCGAAUCACUAUUCUAUAAGCGACAAUUAUGGCUACACUUACUGACAUAGGGCUUGCUGCAGCCAUCAACAUACUUGUUGCCAUUGCAUUCUUAGUAGCAUUUGCUAUACUAAGACUUCAACCAAUAAAUGACAGAGUUUACUUUCCAAAGUGGUAUCUUAAAGGUGUAAGAAGCAGUCCAACAUGCUCAGGGGCAUUUGUCCGCAAGUUUGUGAACUUAAAUUUGAGUUCAUAUUUGAGAUUUCUGGGAUGGAUGCCAGCUGCUCUCAGGAUGCCAGAGCCAGAGCUGAUAAACCAUGCAGGACUUGAUUCUGUUGUAUAUUUACGCAUAUACUUGAUAGGACUUAAAAUCUUCGUUCCAAUGGCAAUCCUAGCAUUUGCAGUCUUGGUGCCAAUCAACUGGACAAACACUGAUACCUUGAAAAAUUCUGAAGUGGAGUUCAGUAACAUAGACAAACUUUCUAUUUCAAAUAUUCCUUUGAGUUCACAGAGGUUCUGGGCUCAUUUAGUUAUGGCAUAUAUCUUUACCUCCUGGACAUGCUAUGUCUUGUUUAAGGAGUACGAAAUUGUUGCAUCAAUGAGGUUGCAUUUUCUUGCAUCUGAGAAACGCCGUCCUGAUCAGUUUACAGUCCUUGUUAGAAAUGUGCCACCUGACCCUGAUGAAUCAGUCAGCGAGCUUGUUGAACACUUUUUCCUUGUCAAUCAUCGGGAUCACUAUUUAACUCAUCAGGUUGUCUAUAAUGCAAACAAACUUUCUAAGCUGGUAAAAAAGAAGAAGCAGAUGCAGAAUUGGCGUGAUUAUUAUCAACUAAAAUAUGAUAAGGAUCCAUCUAAAAGGCCUGCAGUAAAGACUGGUUUUCUUGGACUCUGUGGUGAAAAGGUGGAUGCUAUUGACUUUUACAAAUCUAAGAUUGACGAGCUCUCUAAAAAGGAGACUACAGAACAAGAAAUGAUAAAAAAGGAUCCAAAGUCCAUUAUGCCAGCUGCAUUUGUUUCCUUUAGGACACGGUGGGGGGCAGCUGUAUGUGCUCAAACACAACAAACUAGAAACCCAACUUUAUGGUUGACUGAGUGGGCUCCAGAACCUCGGGAUGUGUAUUGGCAGAAUUUAGCUAUUCCAUUUGUUUCCCUCACAGUCAGACGGUUGAUUAUAGCAGUUGCCUUCUUCUUUCUUACCUUCUUCUUUAUGAUUCCAAUCGCAUUUGUACAAUCUCUUGCUAACAUCGAGGGAAUCGAGAAGGUUGUUCCAUUUUUGAAGCCCGUAAUUGAAGUGGGAACUAUCAAAUCAUUCAUCCAAGGUUUUCUUCCAGGAAUUGCUCUGAAGAUCUUUCUUAUAUUGCUCCCUACAAUAUUGAUGCUUAUGUCGAAGUUUGAAGGAUUUACAUCCUUGUCAGCAUUGGAGAGAAGAUCUGCAUCUAAAUAUUACCUCUUUUUACUUGUAAAUGUAUUUCUUGGGAGCAUCAUUACUGGAACAGCAUUCCAGCAGCUAAAUAGGUUUAUUCACCAGUCAGCAAAUGAAAUUCCAAGGACAAUAGGUGUAUCUAUUCCCCAGAAAGCAACAUUCUUCAUUACCUACAUCAUGGUUGAUGGUUGGGCUGGAAUUGCUGGGGAGAUCUUAAGACUGAAACCUUUAAUAAUAUAUCAUUUGAAGAAUUUUUUUCUGGUGAAGACUGAGAAAGACAGGGAAGAAGCUAUGGAUCCUGGAAGUAUCGAUUUUGCCUCAUCUGAACCUAAGAUACAGCUGUACUUUCUCCUUGGUCUUGUAUAUGCAGUGGUCACACCGUUCUUGCUUCCUUUCAUAAUAAUUUUCUUUGCCUUGGCAUUUGUUGUCUUUCGUCAUCAGAUUAUAAAUGUCUACAAUCAAGAAUAUGAAAGUGGGGCAGCAUUUUGGCCCGAUGUUCAUCGCCGCAUUAUUACUGCUCUAAUUAUUUCCCAGCUGCUUCUACUUGGUCUUUUAAGUACAAAGCAUGCUGUAAAUUCAACACCUUUGCUACUAGUUCUUCCUGUGUUGACUAUAUGGUUUCAUAGGUUCUGCAAGAAUCGAUAUGAACCUGCAUUUGUUAAAUUUCCACUCCAGGAAGCAAUGAUGAAAGAUACAUUAGAGCAUGCCAGGGAACCUAACCUAGACUUGCGAGCAUACCUCCUGAAUACAUAUGUACACCCAGUAUUUAAAGAUGGUGAGGAUGACGAUAGCUUUUCGGAUGAUGGGGAACAAGAAUGUGAGAAUGUCUUAGUGCCCACGAAGCGCCAAUCCCGGAAGAACACACCAGUUCCCAGUAAAUAUAAUGGUUCAUCUUCUCCUUCUCUUCCCGACAUCGCCAAAGAAGAGCUAUAAUAUAUAAUGGAUAUGCACUCCUAAUUCCCCUGUACAUUAGCAUCACGAGGAGUGAAUUGAAGGGGUGUGAUAUAUUUGAUCUCCUCAAUUUGAUAUGCUGAAGAUAGAUCUAACUCAAUGCACACUGUGGAUUCAGCUACUCAGAUCAGGAUGGAUAUGGACACUUCACUCGUUCACAAAAGUUAUGUUAUCAUGUGGUUAAUCUUCACUUCAAACACAGCUUUACAAAGGUCUCCUGUUGUAAUUGGCCCAUUUGUUUCAGUAGCAUGGCUUGCUUUCAACCAAGUCAAAGUCAUCCGAUUUAUCUUUCUAUCACAAACUCUAAUACUAUGUUGGAUUUUUUUUCGAUGAAUACAGACUCGAACAAAAUUGUGGACA